ACUAGCUUCAAGUUAAUCUUCUUCCUCGUUUUUUUCCGGUGAUUCUUUUUGUCAACUUGAGCAAAUUCUUAUCCAAAUCGAUAAUGAUGACUGAUGAUAAUAAUAUUGGUUUAAUCAAAAUGAAUCAGGAUUUGGAUGAGGAAUCGAUAAAUGUUUCAUCGGAUGAUACAAGAUUAUCGUCAUCGUCGUCAUCGUUAUCGACAUUAUCAUCAUCAUCAUCGUCCGCAUCAAACUUGACGAACUCAGAGAUUGAUGAAAAAAAAUAUACAAUGUUACAUGGGCAAUAUGUUGCCAAUAAUAAUAUUAGCACCACCAAUGAUAAUGAUAAUGUCAUCAAUAUUGCUUAUGCAACGCCACCACCACCAAGAUAUCCACCAUUCUCUCGUCAUGAUGUCAAUAAUAACAACAAUAAUUCGUUAACAACAUCCACAACGACAGUUAUUCAUUAUGGACAAAUUCAAUUACCUGGAAUGAUUUCCAAUCAGAACAAUAUUCAAGAAUCGAAUAAAAUACCCCCACACAAUAGCCACCCUAAUCAUCAUAAUCAUUCACAGUCAUCGUCGUCAUCAUCAUCAUCACAUCACCACCAUCAUCAACACCAACAUCAUAAUAAUCAGCUUCAUCAUGUUGUUGAUAAUAGUGAUCAAAUGGAUCAAUUUGAUCAAAAUUAUGAACAACAAUUCGGUAAUCGUCGUUAUCGAUCGCGACGUAAUCGUACAACAUUCAAUGCCGAUCAACUGGUUCAACUGGAACAAGCAUUCGAAAUAACACAUUAUCCUGAUGUUAAUAUGCGUGAAGAUUUAGCUAGCAAAUUGAAUCUUACCGAAUCACGUGUACAAGUUUGGUUUCAAAAUCGACGUGCAAAAUGGCGUAAAACACAGGAUAAAAUUCCCAGACGAAGAGGUGCUGGUGAUUCCUCUGUUGUUGAUGGUGGUGAUGGCAUCAAUAAUGGUAAAAAUAAUGUCCGAACAUCCAAAAAAAUACGAUCACCAAAUGCUAAUGAAUGCCAACGACAAAGACAACAGCAACAACAACGGCCACAAUCAUUACCGUUACUGAAAUCUCGUUAUGAAAGUAAUCAUAAUGAUUAUUUUAUUGAUAAUCAAAUCUGUCCAAGUCACUCGAUGCCACAGCUUAUCACAGCCACUAUCAAUAAUAAUAAUUAUUCCUCAUCAUCAUCCUCAUCAUCAUUUAAUCCAAUUAUCAGCAAUAAUAAUGAUUUAUCAUCAAAAGAUUCCACAGUAACAACCACAAUGUUACAACAUCAGAAUAACAUUUCAUUAUCAUCUAUUUUGCGAAGUGCUGGAAUCACAUCGGCCGAAAUUGAUGAUGUUGGCAGUGAUAAUUUCGAACCAAAUGGUCAAGAUGGGGAUAAUGGUGAGCAUGAUGACAAAAUGAUGAUUGAAAAUAAAGUUGAUUCACCAUCAUCACCUAUUGCUACAACAACAAAAUCCACAAACGAUGAUAAUAGUGAUGAUAUAAUUGAAAUUGAAAAUGAUGAACAAUUGCAAAAACAGCAAAUGGAAAAAUCCGAAAAUAAUGAUGGGAAUAAGGAUCAAGAUGGACACGAACAAGACCAACAGCAACAGAAUGGCCAAACUAAUGAAACAAACCAAGCAAACAAUAAUAACGAUGAUGAGGAAUGUUUCAAUCAAAUUAAUAAUGCCUAUCGACAACAACAACAAACAACAUUGGAAAUGUUUGAAUAUCCAUCGGCAUCGCCAUCAUCAUCAUUAUUGUCAUUAUCAACACCAAAAUUAGCCACAAAUAAUAAUUCAUUACAACAACAACAAUAUUAUACGAAUUAUAUUCCAAAUAAUUACUAUAAUUAUUAUAAUCAUCAUAAUCCAUAUCAAUCCAAUCACAGUACAUUAUCCUCAAUCAAUGGAUUAUCAUUAUCAGCAUGUUCAUCUGGUUGGUAUAAUCACCAUAAUAAUCCUUUUCAUCAUCAACAACAACAACAAAUACCAUCAUCAUCAUCAUCAUAUCAUCAAUACGUUGCAUAUCCAAAUCAUUAUUAUCGACAACAACAACCCUAUCAACAACAGCAACGACGUCUUGCAGUAACAACAACAACAUAUUCUGAUCAUAGUGUCGAUUCUAUAAUUCGGUCAUCAUCAUCAUCGUCGACAUCACCAUCAAUGAUUGUUAAAAAUGAUGAUGACAAUCACAAUGACAAUGAAGAUGGUGAAAAGGAAAAAAAUAUAAAAUGCUUUCAACAUUUUUUUUGCCAAGUUUUAUUUUUCGAAACACUUUCUUGCUUUUACCGAUAA